UAUAUAGUAUCUUUUUAUUUUUAUUUAUAUAUCUCUUUAUUUUUUUGGGGACAUGUUCAAACAUUCUUCGAUUCCCAAUUUUUUCAUAAAAUUUUAGGGUUUCUCUUUCAACAUCAAUUUCAAUCGAGACUCUCCCGUUUCGAAUUUUCCGAUCCGUGAAUAAAGGUUGAACGAUUUCAAUCUAGGGUUUCGCUUCGUUCCGAGAAUAAUGCCUCCGAAGACGACGAAAAGAGGGGCGGCGGCCAGUGGUGCGAAGAGAGGUGGCAGAGCACCGAGAGGAACAUCUAAGGCUGCACAGAAUCAACAGCAGCAACCUGAACCUGUGGAGGAGAAAUCGGUGAUUGAGGAAGAACCUAAGGUAGAAGAAAAUCCUGUUGUUGAGGAAAAACCUGUGGUGGAAGAGAAUCCUGUUGAAAAUAAAGCUAUUGAUAUGAAUGAAAUUGCCCCUGAAGCUGCUGCAGAAGAAGCCAAAACGGUGAAAAAAGAUGAAGAGGAGGUUAAGGAGUCAAUAGAUGAAUAUGAGAAAGAUGAACGACUAGAUUUGGAGGAUCAUGAUCCUGAAUAUGAACCUGAAGAAUAUGGUGGGGUUGAUUAUGAUGAGAAGGAAAUUGAGCAGGAAGAGGGUCAUGAGGUGGGGGAUGAAGUUGAGGAAGAAGCUGAAGAUAAUGUUGGUGAAGAAGGUGAUUCAGGUGAGGAAGAAGUAGAAGAUGGUCAUGAUGAAAUUGAGGGUGAAGAGGAUGACGAGCAUGCUGAUGAGGAGCAUGAGCAUGCCGAGAUGGCUGAUGUGGAAGAAGAGGAACACCGUGAAGUUGUGAAGGAGAGGCGAAAGCGGAAAGAAUUUGAAGUAUUUGUUGGGGGCCUAGACAAAGAUGCUACUGAAGAUGAUCUGAGGAAGGUUUUCGGUGAAGUUGGGGUUGUGACUGAGGUCAGGCUAAUGAUGAAUCCUCAGACGAAAAAGAACAAGGGAUUUGCAUUCUUGCGGUUUGAAAAUGUGGAACAAGCAAAACGAGCCGUAGAGGAGCUUAAAAAUCCAGUGAUUAAUGGAAAACAAUGUGGUGUUACUCCAAGUCAGGACAGUGAUACCCUUUAUUUGGGAAACAUAUGCAAGACAUGGACAAAGGAAGCUUUAAAGGAGAAGUUGAAGCAUUAUGGAGUUACAAAUGUUGAGGAUAUAACUUUGGUAGAAGAUUCUAAUGAUAAAGGAACAAACCGUGGGUUUGCAUUCUUGGAAUUUUCCUCUCGUUCAGAUGCAAUGGACGCCUUUAAGAGACUCCAGAAGAGGGAUGUUGUGUUUGGAGUUGAUAAGCCUGCAAAGGUUUCAUUUGCAGAUUCUUUUAUUGAUCCGGGUGAUGAAAUUAUGUCACAGGUUAAAACUGUAUUUAUCGAUGCACUUCCUCCUUCAUGGGAUGAAGAUUAUGUCAGGAGUCUUCUCAAGAAAUAUGGCGAAGUUGAAAAGAUUGAGCUUGCCAGGAACAUGCCAGCUGCUCGUAGGAAGGACUAUGGAUUUGUUACCUUUGGUUCACACGAUGCUGCUAUAAGAUGUGCUGAGAGCAUCACUGGUACAGAAUUGGGUGAAGGUGACAAGAAGGCAAAAGUGAGGGCUAGAUUAUCAAGGCCUCUUCAGAGAGGCCGUGGAAAACAUGUUGGUCGUGGGGACUACCGCCCUGGUCGUGGACCUGCAAUAAUGUCGAGGCCUUCUUGGAGCCGACCUGCACCCCGUAGUUUUUCUUCGCGAGGGGUAAGAGGAAUCGGAAGUCGUGCUCUGCCGCCAGUCAGGCCUAUUAGUGCUAGAGAUAGACGCCCUGUCAUGUCUGUACCAGUUAGAAGUAGGCCAGUACCUCCUCCAGCUAGAUCUUAUGAUAGAAGACCAGCUGCUGCUGCAUAUUCAAAAAGUAGUGUGAAGAGAGACUAUGGUCGGCGUGAGGAUCUACCACCUCCAAGAAGUAGAGCUGCUGCAGAUUAUGGAUCAAGGAUGGCCUCUGAAAGACGCCCAUCGUAUAGGGAUUAUCCUCCCCGUGGAUCUGACUACUCUGAUCCCCCCAGAAGUACAGCUCGCGCUGCACCAAGGAGAGGUUAUGUGGAUGAUGGUUACAGCCAAAGGUAUGAGAGGCCUCCUCCUCCACCUGCUCCCCAUUCAAGUUAUCGUGAAGGGCGCCCUCGUGAUUAUGAUGCUAUUUCUGGCUCAAAACGUUCUUAUGCUGCCAUGGAUGAUGUUCCCCCGCGAUACGCUGAAUCUGGUGCUCGCCAAUCAAGAGCUCGAUUGGAAUAUGACUAUGGUAGCAGUGCUUCACAGUAUGGUGACACUUACGGUGAUAGAGUUGGAAGAUCUAGUCUUGGAUAUGGUAGUGGCAGCCGAAGUUCUAUUUCUGGUCAAGAUUCACAUGGGAUGUAUAGCAGCCGGCAAGGGAUGAGUUAUGGUGGAAGCUCUUAUGGUGGUAGUGACGCUGGAGGCAUGUACUCAUCAAGUUACGGUGGCGAUUAUGUUUCUCGUGGAAGUGAUGUUGGCGGCAGCUCAUAUUCAUCAAUGUAUUCUGGUAGGGGUGCGGGUGGCGGUAGCAGUUACAUGGGCAGUGGUGGAUCGGGGUCUUAUUAUUGAGAUCCAAUAUAAUAAAGUGGCUGCUAUAGGAUGACGGCCUUUGAAGCUUAUGGAUGUUAUGAAGGCUACAAUUUGGAGACAAAGAACAUUGCUAUUUAUAGCAUUAUAUUUGGGAAUUUGUCACAAAAAUUAGGUCAUGUCAACUCAAGCUAUCUCGGGUCUUCUCUUGAUGGGAUUGUAUUAUCAGUUCUCUAAUUUGCUGUAUGGACUCAAGUUAAUUAGCGAUGGAAAAAGAAAUAUUUAUCAGUGAUGUGUAAUCAAACCUUGAUUUAUGAGAUACAAUGUGUGAGCGGAUAAUGUUAAAGAUUUUUCACUGCUCCAGUAUCCUUUCAUUUGGACAGAGACCAGGACUAGAGAUUCCACUUGUUUGGUUUAAGGAUUAAUGGAAUUUUUAUCUGCUGAAUUUAUCAAAAA